AUGAAGCCGUCGCCUCCGACGCUGGCAAUGCCCGCGGCCGGCACCGCCGUUUCGCCUCCUCCCAGCAGCGCCGCAGCGCAGAUUGGCCGCCCGUCCAUGUGGACCAAGUCGGCUCAGCGGAAAAUGACCCGGCUCUACGUGUAUACCACCCUCCCGCUGAGCAAGAUUGUCGAGCUCAUCCAUUCUCACAGUCCCGAGGGCGCCCCUGGCCAUGACUCGGCGCACAAGAAACUCAACAUACUUCUGGACAAGGAACCGCGCUGGCUGCAUCCGCGCAAUGACUCUGACAUGAGCCGCCGAGUUGCCGAGCUGGCCAAUUCGCCUACCAGGCUCAGCUCAGCUGCUGCCGAGGCUGCUGCCGAGGCUGCACUUGAUGGCCAGCCGUCUUCGGCGUCCAGCCAUGCUCGGACGUGCCGCAGCCCUGGCCUGGUCUGGUUCCAAGACGGCGUCAGCCCAGCAUCAGCAUCGCUCCCACAGCAACUUCCCGCCUUGCACCGGUCGGCAGUCGCAUUUUCCUCGCCGCCGCCGCCGUCUGGCUCACCGACCUUGACUCUCCAAAACCCGAGCCUUGCUUCCACCGCGGGAUCCCCCUUGUCGCAUGACCAGGCUGAAUGCCCGGGCGAACCGAAGCUGUUUUCCAACUUUUUGCGCCGAACCACCUGUCUUUCCAACUCAACAAACAACACCACCGGAUCCUUUCGCCGCGUGCUCUCCGACUAUUCCGAGCCAUAUGUCCAGACAGUCAAGCGAUUGGUGAAGAGGUUUACCGCGCCCCUGAGUGCCGCCCAGUCUAGUGUGUCGCCGUCGCCGUCGCUGGAAACCGCCGCCGUUGCUCAGACUUGGGUCGAUGAGGAUGACUGUCCUCCAAAGCUUCAGCAUCGCCCGUUUCCUAUACCCGGAGACGCUCUUAAACUGGAUGAGUGCGCCUAUGGAGAACACUGCCAAGCCACGCGGGAAUCCCACACACGCCAACGCUGUCUGUGCUUCGACGCCGACCUGGACGCUUGCGUGCUCCCCUGGGUCAAUCGGACGGGUCUGACCCGCACAGGGCAGAGGCUGGUGACCAGCGGGCCGACGCGACACGACCUUGACGUCGUUGAUCCGUUUGGCAACACUGUGCUUCAUUUCCUCGCAGCGCGCGGCUCCCUCGAUGUGCUCAAACAAGCCUUGAAGACGGACUACUGCCUAACCCUGAUCGGAGCGAGGAACUCGGCCGGCCAGAAUUUCCUUCACGUCCUUGACCGACGCAUCCUGGAGAACUCUGACCAUGUUGCCAGCCUGCUGGCCACGGUUCCGGAAAGCGCCAGCGACUUGAUACACUCUCGUGACGACUACGGCAGAAGUUUCGUCCACAUCCUUCAGGCAGAGCAACCCCCUGGAGGAGAGCUUGUGCGACGGGUUGCCGGCCUCUGCCACCGCCCGGGAUUUUCCGUUGCCAGGGACGCUUUUGGCUUCACGGCCACCAGCGGAAGCGACCCGACAAGCACGGAAGGGGGCCAACCCAGACUGGCUCUACAACAGUCCCUCGGUCCCAUCUCCGCCACGGGUCCCGGACUUGCCGGGGAGAGCAGACUCCUCCGGCACAUCCGUCUUGCCGAACAGAACCCUCUUCUGCAGGACGAGCACGGCCGAAACGGCUUGCACUGCCUCGCCAUGGCGACCCUCAGCUCCGCCGCCGCCGCCCACAAAUACCAACGGCCCUCCCCCGCCCGCGACAAAAUCACCAAGAGGCAGCGGAACCCGGGGGCGGCGCUGGACUCGAGCAGGAACCGGCUGGCCCUGCGGCUGGGGCUCCUCCAGGGACUGCUGGAGGCCGGCGUGGACCCGAACCAGCACGACGAGGACGGCAACACGCCGUUGAUGGUGUUUGUCGCCAACCUGCCCGAGGACGAUGAUUACAAGAUGCCGCCCAAGAUCCUCGAGGCCCUCGUGCAGGGCGGCGCAAACGUCGGGGCGCGGAACAGAAGGGGCGAGACGGCUCUGCACAUUGCCGUGCGCUGCGGGCGGAAGCUGGCGAUGCGGACCCUGUGCAGGCACGGCGCCAACGUGCACGCCAGAGACUCGGCGGGGAGGAGCCUGCUGGAUGUGGCGGAUGCCAAGAUGCUGGGCUGCGAGCGCGGCGGCGACACGAAGAGGUAUGCGCAUUUCGAGGCAUGCCGGGCGUGGUUGAGCGGGAGGGGGAUGGCGCUGCAGCGCCCGAGCGUGACGGACGAAUGGGGACGGCGGUGA